GGGUUUUAUUUGGAGGGGGACAUGAAAGCAGAACAGGAAGUGAGGAACAAGGGAAGUAGGUGAAAACAUAAAGCACAGAAAAAAAAUUCUCAGUGGCCUUUCAUGAGGAAGCAAGCGCCCCGUGAGUGAGAGGAGCUGGGUGCUGCAACAAAGCAACGCAAACCCGACAGAGCAGCUAGUCGCAUGUUGCCGGAUAACGUUUUGCAAGACAGGAAACGAGAGAAGCAGAGAGACAGAACCAGUGAAGGCACUGACUACUUUGUCACCCUUAGCACUCACAAGAGUCUCCAAGAUAGCAGUAAAUCAGAGGGGAAACCGGUGAGGUCUCCUAUGAAGGCAUUUGAAUUCUAAUUUUGUUUGAUGCAUCCUUGAGAGGAGAGACAAAACUUGAUUAACACACCCUAGAAAUCUAAAAAUGGGCACAGAGGAGAAAGAUUUAGAGCCUUCAGCUCAACAACCACCAAAGGAACAGGGAUCACCAGAGAAGGAAAAGGAAUCUUCUGUGGAGCCUCCCCAAGGACAAACAUCUGAGACCAGUGACCCCCUCAACACCUACAAGUGGCAUACCGGCUCCAAGGGAGCACUCAAUGAGGUAAAAGAAGACGGAGAAGGAGGAACAGCUUCUUCCACAUCUACAAUCGAUAAGAUUCAGAAGGCCUCCACCAACAAAUGGAGCAAGAUGCAAAACUGGCGCAAGGCCCUGAGCGAGGACCCUGGAGACAAACAUUCACCCAGUGGGAGAGGCGGAGAGGGAGCCAAGCCAGAUAAAGGCGCCAGAAAGAACCCCUUCAGAAGGGCCCUGUCCGAGCCUCCCGGGUCACUGUUUGCAGCCCUGUCCCCUUCCUCUAGCUCUGCCAGCUCAGCUCAUGCAGCGUCAUCGUCAGCUGCUGCAGAGACCUCAGGGGUCUCCUCCACAGACCCCUCACAGAAAGGAGGCGGAGGGGCGCUCCUAAAAAAGUACCUGAGGAGUGUGUCCCAGAAGCUCAAAAGGCCCAGGCUGCAGAGUCGGAACAGCACCCCAACAUUACUGCAAGAUUUGGAUGAGGUCGUACCCACUGAACUACCAAGACUACAAUGGGCCCCACCUCAGGAGGUGCCCUUAUGGGACAUUAGCAACUGUAUGCUUGAAGAUGGACAAAUUCUCAUUUCUCCAGAUGAAGAGCCAACGUUGUGGACCCGAAACCGUGUCAGCAGCUGCCUGUCCAACCUCAGCAUGCAGAACCUCGUAGAUCUUGACACAGAAUGUAGCCCUGACCACGUGGGGUCACCAGGUGGCCCUCGACCAAAGAACCAAGAUGGCGGUGUGAGGGCACUGAUCAAGCGACGUCUCGAGAACAGGGCCAAAAGGAAUAGCAACUCCCAACUGAACCCUAUAGGACUAAACAAAGGAAGCAGGCACUAUGGUUCCCGGGAGUCUGUGUCCAUUCCAGUCAGUGCAGUGGGAAGUCUAGAUCUGAGUGCAGACACCAGCACUGUCAUCAGGCCAGUCCACAGCUCCAUUUUGGGGGAGAAGUACUGCUUUGAGGUGAUAAACUCCGAGAACACCCACUGCUUUGGCUGCUCCUCAGCUGCCGAACGUGACCGUUGGAUUGAAGACCUGAGAAGGGCUGCCCAGCCCAACAAGGAUAACAUCGAGCGCACAGAGAACUCCCUGAGUCUGUGGGUAAAUGAAGCUAAGGAUCUGCUACCCAAACGGAGUUACUACUGCGAGGUACACCUGGACGGGACCCUGUUUGCCCGCACCAGCAGUCGCGCUGUUGGCAAGCCGCCUAACCGCUCCAGCCUGGCAGGGGACAAUUCUACUGGGUCUUCAGGAGGCCUGGGGGCCAGUGGAGGUGUGGCUGGGGGGUGUCAGUUAUUCUGGGGUGAAUUCUUUGAGCUAGACAACCUGCCAUGUGUCUCCCAAAUCACCCUGCACCUAUUCCGCGAAGAAGACCCCAAGAAAAAGCGUCACUCCCGAGACGAAUCCAGCCUGCACCCACUGGGCAGUGUGGCCAUGCCUUUAGCUGAGAUCAAAGGGAGGACCUAUCAGGAGAAGUGGUAUCCCAUUACUCCAUACAAGGCCUCAGGCACAGCGGGGAACAAAGAACUACUAGGGCCACAGGCUUCACUCCGCAUCAAGGCCCGUUUUCAGAAUUUGCAAGUGCUGCCCAUGGAGAAAUACAAAGAGUUUGCUGAGUAUGUGACGGUGGAUUAUGUGGAAAUGUGCAGAAACCUGGAGCCACUUCUGAAUGUGAAGGAGAAGGAAGAGCUGGCAGGAGCUCUGGUCCAUGUACUGCAGAGCAUUGGCAAGGCCAAGGAGUUCCUCCUUGAUCUGGGCAGUGCAGAGGUGGAGCGCCUUGGAGAGAAGGAGGCACUGAUCUUCAGAGAGAACACAUUGGCCACUAAAGCCAUAGAUGAAUAUAUGAAGCUGGUUGGCCAGAAGUACCUCAUUGUCACACUAGGGGACUUUAUCAGCCGUCUUUACGCCUCAGUGGAGAACUGUGAAGUUGAUCCUCGUAAAUGCCCUGCCUCUGAAUUGUCAAACAACCAAAAGCACUUGAUGGAAGCCUGUGAGGAGGUGGUGCAGAAGAUUAUUGAGUCCCAUGGACCCUUUCCUGAAGAGUUAAACAAGAUCUUCUCCAGCUGGGUGGAGCUGUGUGAAGACCAGGGCAGACCAGAGAUUGGCCAGCGUCUCAUCUCUGCUUCCCUCUUCCUUCGAUUCUUAUGUCCUGCUAUCCUCAGCCCUUCUCUUUUUGGUCUGACACAGCCUUACCCAGAGCCAAACACCCUGCGUACCCUCACCUUAACUGCCAAAGUCAUCCAGAAUCUGGCCAACUUCACCCUGUUUGGAGAGAAAGAGGAGUACAUGCUCUUUAUGAACGAAUUCCUGCAGCAGCACUGGGAUGGAAUGAGGGGUUUCCUACAAACAGUGUCUAAUCUUGACACAGAAAUCCCAAUGUCUUCCUUCGAUGGCUAUGUGGAUCUGCCUCUUCGCUUGGCUGUGCUCCAUGGCCUUCUGGUAGACAUCAUCUAUCAGAAGGACCAGGACACAAUUGAAAAGCUGCACCCUCUGCCUUCGAUUCUGAACCAGAUAACAGAGUCACUGGGCCCUGAAGCACGACGGAUCAUAAUUAACAGCCAAAUGGAACAAGACAAGCCAGAGUACGUUCCUCCUAAAGACUUGCGCAAGUACAGCCCUCACCAACCACACGUCCAGCAGCUUCCUGUGGACUCCAAAGGCCUACGAGAUGGGGAUGGCAGGACUCGGAGGAGUAUGAGAGAGAGGAAGCCAGUUGCCAGAACUCAGAGUGCUCCACACAGACGUCCUGGUCAGGCAAAACAUACGUUGAAGAGGCAGACAAGUUCUGAAACUCUGCCGACAGCUGACAAUGAACAAGAGAUGGAGACCAAUCAACCACUUAUCUCAUCACCAAAUACUAGCGCCAGUGUCAAACGUCCACAUGCACCAGUUCCAUGGAUCAAGGUCAGCCACAACAGGGAGUCAAUUGAGAUGAAGACUGAGAACGAGCACUUCAACUUACUGGAUAAGCAUGCUCAAGAGUUAUCAGAGCUUCGUCUGGGGAUAGAGCAGGUGACAGAACGUGAGCUGGACAUGGCAAAGCGCCUGGAGGACUUCAUUAUCCAAAGUCAGGACCAGAAUGCAAUGCUGCAGGCUGAAGUGAUCGAGCUCCGGGAUCAGCUGGCUGUGCGAGACGAGCAGCUCGCCAGCGCCACCUUCAGGCUGGGUGUGAUUGAGGAGGAGAGGGAGGAAGAUGAAAGGAAGCUGAGUGUUGCCAUUGCAGCAGCCGAGCGAAUGAACGUACUGGAGGAGCAGUUUGCAGACCUGCUGAAGGACCUUCACCAGCUCAGUGAGGCCAACAACAGCAUACAGCAUCCCGAAAAGCCACACAUCAACAGCAACUGAACUCUGACAGUAACACCAUUUAGAGCUGCAGCAUCACAGUGUUGUGUAAAUACAUACAUACUGUAGAGUUCAAGUUGAAGUCACUGCCUGAAGUCAUAGUUAUGGUUUCCUGAACAGGUGUAAGUUUAUUUUAUGAACAUAUUUAGAAUGCAUGUGAGCGGGCAAAUGCCGACUGUGGUGAACAUGAAACCUGCAGGAUUUUUCUGCAUUUCAGCUUUUACUGUAUCCCAGCUGCAGAUGUGUUUGACUUGUAAACCUUUCUGAUAAAUAAAAGAGCUACAACUGAA